UUAAUUGAAAAUUAAGUCAAGAGUUUGAACAGCUCAAGUUAUUUUGAAAGAUAGAUCUAAAGGGUCAGUAAAAUUUCUUAAUGUAAAAGAUAAAUGCCAUCAUUUUUAUUUAUGCGAUAUACUGAAAUAUGUCAUUUUUAUUAAGGUUUAAAGAGAAUGAAAGCCAUAAGUAAUCAAGUGAAGACAGAAUGACCUGCCUGACACCAAACCAGCAAAAAUAAAUAGGGUUAUUCACCUCCAUGAGUCAUCAAGGCAAGGGAAGAAAUAAUUUCAUGGUGCAGAAGCUCUAAUGAGCCCAACCACCCUCUUUGUGCCCAGAGCUGUUAGGUAACUAAACUUAUUAAAGAAGUUUCCAUCAACACACAGAGAAAUUUGCAAAACUCAUUAAACUAUAUGAUAAAAGAGAUAUGAAAGGGACUUAUUGGUAGAGUAUUAUAAAACUUGCAUGGCCAUUUAAUCUUGAUAAAAAGUUGUGUGAGAAAUUUGGAAAAUUUUCUUUCUUUGCACAAGGGCAUAAGUUAGCCUUAGAAGUUACCAGCCUGAAGGAAUAAUAAGAGGUCUUUUAACGGUGAUAAAAUCAAGAUAAGGUUUCAGUUUUUUAUUGCUGUAUAACAAAAUACCCCAAAACCUAGCGUACACAAGUAAACUUGGAGUAAAACAUCAACAGCUUAUUGUUUCUCACUAUUCUGUGGGUUGGCUGGGUUCAGCCAAACGGUUCUGCUCCGCAUGGCAUUGGCAGGGGUCGUUCGCUUGGCUUCCUCAUUGAGCUGGGCUGGAGAGUCCAAGAAGGCUACACUCACAUUUUUAGUGUGUUGGUGCUCCUCCAUGUGGUCUCUCAUAUAUGCCUAGACCUCUUAAAGGCCAGGCCUAGAACUGGUAAAAUGUCAGCUCUGCCACAUUCUAGUGAGCAGAGCAACCACAAGUCUUGUUCAGGGAAAUGGGUGGAUUCUAUAUCUUGAAGGAUUAAGCAGCCCACAUAUGUAGGGAGAGAAAAAAUUAAUGUGUCCAUCGUUGGAAACUAUCUGCUACAAAUAGUGGUAGUGCAGCAUAGAUCUACUAGAAAAAUCAAGCACAAACUUCUAUUUUAAAAUCAGUUUGUCGGAGGCCGGGCUACGCCGAGCCCUGCACGUGAACAGCUGCGGCAGGGGCAGCAUCCAGCGGCGGUGCCAGCAGUUCCAGCCCGUUGCUUUACUUUUUAGCUGCACCAACGUAGUCAUUAUGCCGAAGAGAAAGUCUCCAGAGAAUCCAGAGGGCAAGGAUGGAUCCAAAGUAACUAAACAGGAGCCCACCAGAUGGUCUGCCAGGUUGUCAGCGAAACCUGCUCCUCCAAAACCUGAAUCUAAACCAAGAAAAACAUCUGCUAAGAAAGAACUGGCAACAAAGGUUAACAAAGGUGCUAAAGGGAAGAAGGAGGAAAAGCAAGAAGCUGGAAAGGAAGGCACAGAAAACUGAAUCUGUAAACGAGGGAGAAUGUAUUGUCAUGAAAAUCGGAGUUGAUUUUAUGUACCUGUUGGGACAACUUUUAAAAGCUAUUUUUACCGCGUAUUUUGUAAAUGCUAAUUUUUUAGGACUCUACUAGUUGGCAUACAAAAAUAUAUAAGGAUGGACAUUUUACCUUCUCAUAGUCAUGAUUUUUGGAAAUUCCCAUCAUCCUUGAGUAAAAUAAAUACCAAUUUAAUAUUGGAAGCUGUCUGUAAAAUUGAUUCACCGUUCCAUGCACUUGCUUUAAAAAUUUAGUCCUGAGCAUACUGUGGUGUUUUUACUGUGGGUAUUUGAAUUUUUUCAUGCAGUUUUUCUAGAGCAAUAAUCAGUGGUGCUUUUGUACCUAGGUUUUAUGUGAUUUUAAUGAAACAUGGAUAGUUGUGGCCACCUGCUGACUAUUUGUGGUUUAAAAUAAAAGGUUUUCCUGCCUGCAAAAA